GGGACUUCUGCCUACCAUGAGGGAAGGGUGGAUCCUUUGUUUGUAUUCAGUCUGAAAUUAUGUGAAAGUUAGCUCCUCCCAAACCUUAGCUGCCUUCUGUCCUACCUGCACAAGAUCCCAGUUCCUUCCUUCCCAUGAGCUGCCAGUAGAGGCUGCUAUAGUUUCAUGUGGGGAAUGAUCUGGUCAAGGAGUAUCCUACUCAGUCAUUUUCUUUACCUUAUAUUAAUUCUCCUCUCUGAAUAAUGUCUUAAAUUUCUUGAGGAGACUCGGGUCUUGGUUUUUAAAUUACUUGGAGGGCUGCUUAGGACUCUUACCUCCCUCUGAAAUAAAGUUUCCUCAUCUUGCAAGUAGUUUCCUGGUUUCCAGUGAUCCCCUCAUUGUCUCUGCAAAGAGUUUUCAGGUCUUAAACAAUGAAGGUACAUCUAUUCUAUUCUCUAUCACAGAUUAGUACCAGUAGCUACCAGUUUUUUGACUGCCUACCCUGUUUUGGGUUGGUAAGCACUUAAUGUGCAUGAUCACAUUUAAUCUUCAAGAAUCUAUUGGAUAGUUUUAUGCCUUCUGUGUAGGUGAGGACUCAAUUUUUGUGUCUCCUAAGGUCACAUAACUUAGGAAGCUGGAAUCAGUGAACAAAACUGAAUACUAAGCCCAGGCCCUCAACCACUCCUCCUUUCUCACUGACCAGAUAGACGAGACAUGAGACUAAGUCAGGGGAUUGCCAUUAGGUCACAGGCAGAACUGAAUGCUUACUGCUGCACUGGGCAGUGGAUCCUGGAGCUACUGGGGUAUAGUACAACAUACGUAUAGUGCCUGGUGGGAAUUAAAAAAAAAAAAAAAGUAGUUUAGUGCCUGUGUGUGGUAUGCAGGACUGAAGCAUCAGAGAUUUGCAUUCUUAUACCUAUUUUGGGUGGAAGGUGAAAUUUCAGUGUCUUUAGUUCAGGUGCCCUCUCAACUGGUCUAAGUGAUGGAAAUCACUGGUUGUUCAGGGACAAGGAAGAAGCCAAAUGACAGGACAAAAAUUGGAACAGAAUUAUGUAAAUUAAGGUUAGAAAUUUCCUGUCCAACCCACAGGGUGGAGUUUUCUCCAUUCCUAUCCAUCCUACUAAAUAUAAACACUGACUUUGGUGUCAGGAACUGGAAGGAACUGCUCGUAGGAUUCUGGUUUCAGUUCUGAACAUUCACCAUGAAUCUCAAGGUGGUCCUGGUAUUCCUGGUGCUGUCCCUUGUUACCAUUUUUGCUCUGGCCUACGUCUUGCUAACCAGGCAAGGUGGUUCCAGCCAGGGUCCUCGCUGUCCCUUCGUAUCUCCGAGUGCCCAGCCUUGGACACACCCUGCCCAGAGCCAGCUGUUUGCAGACCUGAGCCCAGAGGAGCUGACAGCUGUGAUGAGUUUUCUGACCCAGAAGCUGGGGCCAGGGCUGGUGGAUGCAGCCCAGGCUCGCCCCUCAGACAACUGUGUCUUCUCAGUGGAGCUGCAGCUGCCCCCCAAGGCUGCAGCCCUGGCCCACUUGGACAGAGGGGGCCCUCCACCUGCCCGGGAAGCUGUGGCCAUCAUCAUCUUUGGUGGACAACCCCAGCCCAACGUGAGUGAACUGGUGGUGGGGCCGCUGCCUCACCCCUCCUACAUGCGGGACGUGACCCUGGAGCGUCAUGGGGGCCCCCUGCCCUAUCACCUGCGCCCUGUGCUGAAAUUUGAAUUAGUACAGAUGUGGAAGCAUUUCAAACAGGUGGAGCUACCCAAGGCUCCCACCUUCCUGGCUUCUGUCCUGAACUACAAUGGCUCCACUUUGACACCUCUACAUGCCUCCCCUAGAGGUUUGCGAUCAGGGGACCGAGCUACCUGGAUGGCCCUCUACCAUAAUGUCUCAGGUCUUGGUAUUUUCCUUCACCCCGUGGGGCUGGAAUUACUGUUGGAUCACAGUGCCCUGGACCCUGCCCGCUGGACUGUCCAACAGGUCUUCUACCUUGGGCACUACUAUGCAGACUUGAGCCAAUUAGAAUGGGAAUUUAAAACUGGUCAGCUAGAAGUGGUUAGAGUGCCUAUACCCACACCAAAUGGGCCUUCGACCCUCAGGUCCCGAAUCACUGUGGGCCCUCUUCCCCCUCUUCAUUUUUCACACCAGGGUUCUCAGUACAAUGUACAAGGGAACUUGGUGGUUUCCCCCCUCUGGACAUUUACCUUUGGCCAUGGGGUGUUUAGUGGCAUAAGGAUUUUUGAUGUUCAGUUCAAGGGUGAGCGAGUGGCCUAUGAAGUCAGUGUCCAGGAGUGUCUGACUGUCUAUGGUGCCGACUCACCCAAGACUAUGAUGACCCGAUAUUUGGAUGGCAGCUAUGGACUUGGCCUUAACAGCCGAGGCUUAGUGCGGGGUGUCGACUGCCCCUAUCAAGCCACAAUGGUGGACAUCCACAUAUUAGCCGGGAAAGGGACAGUCCGGCUGCUCCCAGGGGCAGUGUGUGUAUUUGAGGAGGUCCAGGGACUACCUCUUCGAAGGCACCACAAUUACAUUGAGAGUCAUUUCUAUGGUGGUUUGGCCAGCUCAGCCCUUGUGGUCAGGUCUGUGUCAUCUGUGGGCAACUAUGACUACAUUUGGGACUUUGUGUUGUACCCAAAUGGGGCGCUUGAAGGACGAGUCCAUUCCACGGGCUAUGUCAACACAGCUUUCCUAAGUGGAACAGAGAGCCUUCUCUUUGGGAACCGUAUAGGGGAACGGGUGCUAGGGGCAGUGCACACGCACGCCUUCCACUUCAAGCUGGACCUGGAUGUGGCAGGGCUGAAAAACUGGGUGGUAGCAGAAGACGUGGUGUUUAAACCUGUUGCAGUCCCCUGGAACCCAGAGUACCAGCUGCAGCGGCCACAGCUGACCCGGCAGGUCCUGAGAAGGGAGGAUUUGGCAGCAUUUUCUUGGGGAAGCCCCCUUCCCCGCUACCUUUACCUGACCAGCAACCAGACUAAUGCCUGGGGUCACCAGCGUGGAUACCGAAUUCAGAUCCACAGUCCCCCUGGCAUACAUGUGCCCCUGGAGAGCAGCAUGGAGAGGGCCCUCAGCUGGGGGAGAUACCAGCUUGUGGUGACCCAGAGGAAGGAGACGGAGUCACAGAGCAGCAGCAUCUUUUUCAGUGCUGACAUGUGGACACCCACUGUUGUCUUCGCUGACUUCAUCAACAAUGAAACGCUCUUAGGAGAGGAUCUGGUGGCUUGGGUUACAGCCAGCUUCCUGCACAUUCCCCAUGCUGAGGAUGUCCCCAAUACGGUGACUGUGGGGAACAGAGUUGGCUUCUUGCUCCAACCUCAUAACUUCUUUGAUGAGGACCCCUCCAUUUUCUCCCCUGGCAGCAUCUUCUUUGAGAGGGACCAGGAUGCUGGGCUCUGCAGUGUCAACCCAAUGGCCUGCAUCCCCAAUCUGGCAGCCUGUGUCCCGGACCUUCCCCUUUUUUCUUAUCAAGGCUUCUAGGUCUGAGAGUAGGGUAGAACAUUGUGGGUGGGGGCACCUCAGAUGAGACCCAUCUUCCUCUCUGCUCCCCCUUAGGGUUCCCUGUGUUUUUGUCAUAUUGCUCCCCAGACUCUUACCCUCAGUGCUCCGUAGAAAAUAGCCUCCUCCCACACUAUAAAAUCUCCGUGUGUCCCUUUGGUUAAUUCUUACCUUCUGCUCUUUUUAUAAAUAACACAUUUAUAAAGAUGAUUUGGAAAUAUUCAAGCAAAAAUACCAUAAAUCCCACCACUCAGAACUACCUGGUGUUCUCAUCAUACCAGCCAUUCCCUUAUGUAUGUGUAUUAAAGAGGAAUGGUUGUUAUGUGUAAUUGGCAAUAAAAAAUCUUAUAAGAA